CCCGCCAUGGCCGACGACGAGCCGCCAGAGCUGGAGGACAUGGCGGAAGAGCUGGCCAUGUCGAGGAGAAGGAGACAGGCGAACGGAGUCCAACACGGUUCCGAGAACAAGGUCGAUAGAAGCCUCUACCAGGAGGUAGUCGAGGGGCCCCGGGAAUCUAAGAAAAUCCUUGUGAAGGGGACACAUGUUAAGGUUGCUGGGCUGCAAAACGCGAAGCAGUACAACGGAAGGAUGGGAACAGUCAUCGAGUACGACGAGGGGACGGGGAAGUUCGGGGUGGAGCUGGAGAAGGAUAAGCGGCAGAUCAAAGUCAAGCCUGAAAACCUGGAGGUCGUGGAGAGCUUUGGUGGGCUCAAGGGAGGAUUUCUUGGGGAGGAGAAGAGAAGUGAGGACGUGAGGAAGCAUGAAGAUGACGGCAUCGAGGUGAUCAAGCCGCAUCCUCGUAAGGAGGGAGUUCUAGAUGGUUUGAAGUCCCUCAAAGUCGAGAACCAAGACGUUCCUGAGUGGAUGAAGGCAAAUGACGACCUUCUGCGCGAAGUGGAAUCAGAUACUGAGCUUGCAAGCGCCGUGAACAAUCAGAAGUUGAUCACCGCGAUAGACGAGAUUUCCAAGGAUCCAAAGGCCUGGAUGAAGUAUCAGAAUGAUGAAGAAGUGAAGAAGUACUUCUCCAAGAUGAUGGGCCUGUUCGGCAAGAGGUAUGAGAGAUAUGAGGAGCAGGCGAGCGCCAACGAGAAAAAGCAAGAGAGCAAGUCCAAGACCUCGGUAGUGGAAGAACUGCUGGCGCAGGAUAUGAAGCAGAAGGCGCCAGCAGCUGGGAAGUCUUUAAUCCAGGAGAUUGAACAUAACAACCAAGAUACGAAGAAGAAACCAGCGACAAAAUCGAAUCCAAGGAAGGGAACCACCGACUACUCCAAGUGGGAUGAGAUCGACAGCGACGAGGAGGAGGAAGCGGUCUCAGGGUUGUUGUUCGGGCCCAAGGUUGACAAGAACGACGCGAGAGUGAAGGACGCGCUGUCAGACUUGAAGGUCCAGCAGGUUAUGAGGAUGUUGAACUCAACUUCCGACGAGGGAGUCAUACAGCAGAUGUUACAAGACAAGGACGUGGCGGAGAAAAUUCAGCUCCUGAUGAGAGCUGGCGUUGUAGAUAUAAAACCUCCUUCGAAAUGAAGUCAAAAAGAGCUGAGAAAUCAGAGGUGCCCUCCAAA